CACUCUACUCUCGCUAGAAAAAAAUUCCUCCCCAAAGACAAACAGCAGAGCCCCUGACUCAUAGCACUCUGCUGGUGAAGAGAACAAACCAUACUGUUGACAUCAGGAGGCCAGUGAUGUCAUGAUGAUGUCAAUGCCUCUAAUUGUAAAUUGCACACAUAGCCGCGUCGUUGGCUGUGGUAACAUUUCAGUCAGAGAGAAGGCUCUGAAGCAGACAGUUGGUCUUGGAAAAGCUGGGAGUGCAGAGAGUAUGGCUGUAACUGGGGAUGAGACAGAAACAGUGCUCUGCCCACUCAGGACACAUAGCAGCAGUAGCUGACGUCACUGCUUUUUCCAGGAACAGGCCCCCAGCAGCGACAUUCUCUUCAGGCUCCACAGGUGACUUGACUGCCUGUCAGUUGCGUAACCCCAGCUCCAGCCUCCCUCAGGGGGUGGUGUUUGACAAUGCUCACAUCACCCAGAAACCCCCAGAGGAUGCAGUGCAGAAGAGGGAGCUCCGCUUGAUGAAGAACAGGGAAGCUGCACGGGAGUGUCGGCGAAAGAAGAAGGAGUAUGUCAGAUGCCUCGAAAAUCGCGUGGCCGUGCUGGAAAAUCAAAACAAGACUCUGAUUGAAGAGCUUAGAGUCUUGAAAGACAUCUAUCGAGUCAAAGUGGAGUGACUUCUCCUGGUAUCAAGAGGACGUUUAGGAUUGUGGCAGCCGUGUGGUGUUUUUCUGUUGGGUGUCUUGAGGACUAUGUUUGUGCUUUUACAGACACACAUGCACAAAUACAAAACACUCCUUGUCCUUGCUGUGAAAUGUGUUUACUCAGUGAUGUCAAUGUUUCUGCCUCUGAAUUAUCCAUGUAUCACCACCAGCAAAAACAAGAACCCUUUUUUUAGGUCAGGGUUAUUAUCAGAGAAUAUUAUGGGAAGUUUCUUGUCCUUUUGCCCAGAACCAGCAGGAGAAAAAGAUAGAAAAUAUAUGUGCUACCUGGAGCAUUGCACUGUAGUGCUGAUGAUUGAGAAUCACAAUUUAAUAGCUGUGCUACAGCGCUUGUACAGCCUGAAUAUCUAGACUUCUCACUUCACAGUUUUGCAUUCCUUUAUUUCCAUUUUCCUGUAUUAAAGGGCAAUAAGAAUUCAUAGCCUUUUUGCUGGCCAGUACCUUUUCACUUGGAUUUGUAAAGGGGAUUUACUGCUGUUUAAAAAAAUUGGAGCAUCCACUUAAUGUAGUACUGCACUUAUCACCUAUCACCCAUUCUACUUCUAACUUGGAUUUUCUUUAUUUAUUCAGCAGAUGUACUUUGCAUUUUUGAAUGUUUUGAAUAUAGUUGCAUACAUUAUAUGAAAAGUGAAUAUAUAGGGUAAAUUUGAACAUGUGACAGAUUUUAUGCCAUAGCAGGCAGACAGCCAUUUUAUUUUCAUCCACUUUCUUCAGGUCAGUAAACAUAGCUUCAGUCCAAAUGUACCUAGGGUUUUGAUUUUGUGUCGGUUUUUGUUCACAAAUCCUACUUUUUUACAGUUUCUCCUGGUGUUCUGUUUCACCCUCUGCCUUAGCUGUUGUCCAUUUUGAUCACGCCGUGUUUAUGGGGUUGUGUACACAAUUUUUAAAAAAAAUGUUUAUUUGUUUCAAUAAAGUUCUUACUCAGUCUC